UCGUUAAAGUUACUUUUCAGCAUAUCGUGUUUGGAGAAUUAUUAAUUCUACGUUCAGGGGAAAAAUAUUUUGGGAUUUUUAAACUCCUAAAAUCACGCAAAUGUGGUCGUUUGUUUGUUGAAUUGGACACCUGCAAUCAGCAUACACACGCCGGCGCGCAGAGGGUGGAGUCCCGGAGCUUCUCAUUGGAUGACCGUCCAGACAGGCGUUCUAGACAGUCGGCUAAGCCCUCUCCCGCUGCUUCUCAGCAGUAGUAAGACGGCAGCCACUGCAACAGCCUUUGUUCUGACCCAAAUCAGAGGGGGAAAAAAGGGCCGUUCUGGUCCGAUGGACACAGCCGUGCUGACGGUGAUGGCGGAGGUGGACUGCACCAAAAACAUGCUUAACGCUGAGCUGGAGGUGAAAAAGCUGCAGGAGCUCGUCCGCAAACUGGAGCGGCAGAACGAGCAGCUGAGGAGCCGCACCGUGGGAUGCCGGUUCCCCUCCCCGGAGCCUUUCGACUACUUCCAGCCGCACCGCUUUGACAAUGAAGCUGCCGUUGCGGCGGAGGAUGAAGAAGAGGACGAAUCUGAGGAACAGUUGGUUCUGGACGACCUAGAGCUUUUGGAUCUGGACUCUCUGAGCUCCGAACCGGAUGAAACCUGGUUGUACUCCUCAUCCAAGUCCACGCAGAGCUCAAGUGACUCCCUCCCCCCGCUGGAGUGGUGCCGGAAGUUUCUGGAGAGCCCCAAAUCUGAGGUUGAGGCUGCCAGGAGUUCCCUGUCUCUACAGCUAGAAGAAGUCUCUAGGUGGCGUAGCUCUCUGUCAACCCCGUCAUCCUCCUCCUCUUCUCCCAGACGUCCUCGAGUGGCAGGUGUGUCUCCCAUCAGUUCCUCACCUCAGCCGCCUGACAGACCCGCUCCAUCCUACUCCUCCCCGAUACACCCACUCCUUCACCGCACCCUGAGCCCCAUUGGGAAGGAGCUGUCCCCUGUGUCUGAGAGGACCCCCACCUUCUUCCCUCACCCUGCCUCUCAAGGUCGCAACCAGCGGUGCUCCGCCUUCAGCACUCGGUCUUCUGUGGACAGCGACCUUGGAGCGCCAGAGUUGGAGGAGGACUCUCUGGGCCUCGAAUACAAACUGCAGGACCUGACUGAUGUUCAAGUUAUGGCUCGACUGCAAGAGGAAAGUCUAAGGCAGGACUACGCCAGUACGUCGUGUGUUCUGGCCAACCGCCGCAGUCAGAGCUUCAGCUUCCAGCUCAGCUCACUCGGAGCCGGCCUGGGCUUGGAGGCGGAAGACGAGGAGGACGAAGAAGAGUACGGUCUCCUUCCCCCGCCGCAGCCACGCCUCACCUGCCUGCCCCACUCCCACACUUUUUCCAGCAUCAGAGACUGGCAAAAAAGCACCAGCUCACUGUGCACCCCUCCUUCCACCCCCUCCGCCCGCCCUUACCUUUCCGCUGGCUUCGCCUUUCAAGCUCAGGCUCCGGCCCCGCCUGCCCAGUCAUCUCUGGGACUGGGCAGCCUUUACGCAGCCGAGCAACAGGACUUCAGAGCAGGAUCAGAUAAGCUGCGGAGGAGCAUGCCUAACCUCGUCAGAGCUCCCAGCAUGCCCAUUCCAUCUAAUCCUUGCGCUUCGCCUUAUAUGCUUCGUAACAGCCAGAGCUUUGACUCAUCCAGCGCUCUAGCCCGCCUGCAGUCCUCUAUCCCUCCCCCAGGCAAGCUCCAGAACAGGGUACAGAGCGUCGGCAACUUCUCUUUACUGUUACGGCAACCAUCAAAGGCCACUGCCUACGUCAGCCCUACUAUCAAAGGCUCUGCCUCCACUAGCCUCCAGUCUCUAAACGGCAGCGGGAUUCCUCUGCUCAACAAACCCGCGGGAGGCUCUGUCUCCACUCCAACAACGCCACGCAGCAGCCUGCCUCGCCCCGCCUCAUUUUUGUGCACCACAAGCUCCGCUACCCGCAGCAAGGUGGCCCAACCAACAAGAAGUUUGCUGACUCCUCCAAAGAGCUUGUCCACCUUCAGUGCCCUUCAUAACAGCAGAUGGAGAGAUGGCUGCUACUGAUGAGGAACUUGUACAUGGAGCCCCCUGCUGGCCAGGGCCGCUCACUGCGACAUGUUCAGAUUUCAGACAGUUUGAACCAAAUUGUUGCUGAGGUGAGAUAAAAUCAGAGAUCCUGCAUCAAACCUCCAUCUCAAUAUUUCUAUGCAGUGUUUUUGGAGAAAGCGGGUAACUUAGGCGUUAACUGUGAUGGUGUGUGCCAAAAGGGGUGCUGUUCCCUGUUGCUCUGUGCAAUAAACCAAGGCUGUUCGUUCUCCGUCAAGCUAAUCUAUGUUUAGAGGGCUGCCGGUUUUUAACCAAACUGUAUUUAUAUAUUAAAGGUAUUUUCACCAGUAUGAUGCGUUUGCUGUGGCAAAAAAAUUCUGCUGCUAAAGGGAAAUCAGUCCCUUUUAAUUUUUUGGGCACUUUUAGAAUUUCUAUUUAUAUUAUUAUAUACAAGUUUGUAUCUGUUUGUUGAAGUAAGUCUUAGUAGUAUUUAACACAUUGUACAAUUUCAAAUGUCAUUUGACCAAACACUUUCCAGUCUUGUUGCACUUUGUCAAAACUUUUCUUCAUUUAAAGGAGCACUACUGUUAAAAUGUUUAUAAGUUUCACUCUAAAAUCACGUAGCACCUUUGUUUCUUUCAUUUGCGUUUCUUAAAGAAAGUUGAUUUACACUGUUGACACUUAUGUAUGUGAUGGGCUGAACUAUUUUAAUAAACAUUUAACAAAUUA